AUGGUAAAUCCUGAGCUUCCGUCGCCAGCAGCUUCUCUGGCGAGGCUUGCAAAGUCCCGGUCCACUAUGUUACUUGCUCGACGUGCGCUGGUGGUUUUGAUUCCAGCACUGGCAUUCUUCUUCAUGCUUCAGGCCCUGUGGUCUUUCACUAUGCCACCUGAUUCCAGCUCGAGCAGUUCCGAUUCCAGUUAUCAUAUAGCUAUUCAUGGUAAUUCUGCUUAUGAAUCCAAAUAUCCAGCAAUUAAGCAUCUACUGCAAUCACUCAAUCCUAGUCAAGGUCCAGAAGGGACAUCCAUUGUUGAUUCAAUUAAACAAGGUUUAGUAUACAGAGUCAGCUCUCCUUUGACAGUUUGGAGAAACCGUCGGUAUACAUUUAACCCAGAAACUCCACUUUCACGGUACGUUCCAGAUGUCGCGAUUCCUCUUGUGCCGGAAAGACCAGCGGUGUAUGCGUAUUUUGAUUUAGCAGACCCAUCACUUUCAAAAAGGGACGAACCCUCGUCUGAAACAAAUCAUAAAGGCAAUCAAAACCACCACGUCGAAUCACAAAUCCUUGAAACUUGGAAGCGUGCUUGGUAUGCUAUUGGGUUCAAGCCAGUUGUGCUGACCCAAAAAGAUGCCAAAGAACAUUACAUGUACCAGAGCAUUGAAAAAGCACUUGAGGGACGAGACGAUUUGAAAAAAAUUUUGCUAAAGAAUUAUGGGAAAUGGUUUGCCUAUGCUUCUAAGGAAAAGGGCAUUUUGGCUGAUCACCGUGUGUUCCCCUUAAGCAGAAACUACGACCACCCCACUUUUGUAAAACUGAGAGAGAAUGACUUUGACGAGUCAUUAGCGCUUUUCAAAACCGACUUGUCUCUGGUUAUUUCUAACCCAACUGGUUUUCGAACUUUGUUGGAUUUGGUUAACAGAUCGUUUACUCGUCAAGUGGAUGGGCCAGAUGUUGAAAAGAAGAAAGAAGAGAAAAAGUCUAGUGAAAAUAAAAACACAAAGAGAGAUUUUAAAGAAAGUGGUUCUAAAGAAAGCCUCUUUUCAGAUCUCAACGCAGAAAUCGAUAGACUUUUUGAGGUCUACGUUCAUCCAAGUAAUGAAAAUCCGUUUGGAUUAUAUUCUGAUGCUCAUAUCGACUUGAUUACUUCUGGCCACUACCCUAAAGAUUCUUCCGAUCCGACAAAGGUUGAUCCAUCUUACGUAUUAACUUUGAUUAAUAUCCAUUUGCACCAGAUUUUCUUAGGUGCUUACCCUAAUGGUAUUUCUUACGUGGAUCCCAUCAACGGUAUUCCACUACGCAAAAUCAACCGGAAAUCACUUAGUUCACUUGCUGAAGUUUAUCCACCUAUCCUUGAGUCUGGUAAACCUAGUCCCGAGAAAACUUGGGCCUUGGCUUCGCCUGCACGCUCUAUUGCUGAAGAUCUUGCUCAGUGCCCUUCAUUAGAAAAGUAUGAUCCAUACCUGAAUGUUUGUCCUCCAACAUCUGAAACUUUGAGCAAGAUUGAUCAACUCAACAAAGACUUUGGUAGCAAAUCUGCUGGACGUCUUAAAAUCAGUAUUGAGCAAGCCUGUACGCCACUCCCAUGUUCUGAGGUGUACGAGCGCAAACACAAUAAGAAGACUUCGACAUCUUCUACUGCAGCCAUUCUUGCUGACCAUUUACCAGACCCCCUCCAAUCCAAGGUUUAUUCGGUUGCUUCUUUUGUACAUCCGGUGUUUUUACUGUAUGCGGCCAUGCAAGACCCUGAAGCCCUCCCAACUUUAGACUUUGUGCGCUAUCACAUGACACGUGAUGGACUGGUGCAAGGAUUAACUUCUGGUGGGAUUUUCGCUCAUGUACCACACAUUAACCCGGAGUACAGAACCAUUUAUCUCAAGGAUUCUAUUUUUGAGCCUUCGGCAAAGACAAAUGUUUCGUGGAUUCCUUACGAGGGAACACCAGAGAAGAUUGGCCAAUUAUUAGAAUGGGAGCUUGGGUUUAGACCUUUAGGAAGUGUUGGAGAAGAAGGAAACCAUCUGACUUCUUUUGAAGAGAUCAUUGCAAAAACUCAAAAGGAGUCGCUUGGUCAGGAGCAGUUUGAAUACCUCGUCAAUCUGCUAAAGAUUUCUGCUACAGACUUUGAAACGUACCACAGAACAGGUAGACGGCCCCUGAGGAGUAUUGAACAUGCUCUUGUGAAGCAAACAGAAAAGGGAGAAAAGGCCAAUGAAGAAGAACGACUGGCUCUUCUUGACUCCAUUAAUCUGUGGAGUCCUAACGAUUAUGAGAUUUGGAGUUUUCUUAGAGUCUGGACUUUGAAAAAAUAUAAAGAUCUGGUCAGUUUACAGAAACAAUAG